AUGGUUCAACUUAUGCCUUUUAUUAGUUUAUUUGUCUAUAGUGUUAUCCCUAUCAUAGCACUAUCUAUUCUUUGUCGUUUAAUUUGGCAUACUCUUCGACAAUUACCUGUAACAUAUUUACAUGGUGGUAAUCGUUCACAUGAUCAAGUAACAUGUAUGACUAUUGCACAAAUGAUUGUUGUUAUUAUUACUAGUUUUCCUAGUGCUGUUUAUUCUGUUUAUACAAUAUCUACAAGAACAAUAAUUAAAAGUUUAUGGCGUUUGGCUGUAGAAACAUUAGCUAAUACAGUAGCUGUUUUAAUUGAUUUUCUAACACAUGCAAUUAUGUUCUAUGUUUAUUUAAUUGCUUCAAAAGGUUUUUAUCAAAAUGUAAAAACUAUGUUUCAUGCUGGAUUUCAACGUAUUGCACGAUUAUGUCCACAAUUAUUUGUCAAUGCACAAGUUAUUAUUCCUCUAGUUUGA